AUGUUCCAAAAUAUUUAACUAAAAGCAAAUUUCCAUGAGAUGAGAUUAAAUCCUUCAAGACCAGUUUAUUAAUAUAAAUUAGAAAUUACAGAUUCCUCACCAGAGAAAGUUAGUGAGGCACUUAAGAAAUUUAGACCUUAACUCUAGACCUAAUUGAUCUUAUUUAUGAGUUUGAACUAGAAUAUUUAUUCACCAAAAUUAAUCCAAGAAGCUGAUAAUGGAUUAGUAUUAGGCUCAUUGAGUGGUAAUGACACUAAUCAGGACACUGCAACUCUUAAACUAGUAGGAAAAAUAGAAAAUAAAGCUGAUCUCAAUAUCAUAAUAUCAAGACUCUUUAAGUAAGUUAUUAGAAGCUAAUUAUAAAUGGUAUCUGUAGGAAACAAAGGAUAAAAGCUAUUUUGGUCAAGUAGAGCCUAGUAAUUUAAAGAUUAAAAUUUAGAAGUAAGAAAAUGUUAUUAAACAAUAGAUUUGGCCAGGUGUAGAAUGCAUUUUUAGACCAGGAGAAGGAGGAGCUUAAAAUCCUACCUUAGUAAUUGAUUGUGCAUUUAAAAUGCUUAGAUAUAGAUCUGCCUUAGAAGAAUUGAAUUAAACUAGAAAUCCAUCCUGUAUUUAAGAUUAAAUUGUUAUGACUACUUAUAACAAAAAGUUUUAUAAAGUUGAAGCUGUUGAUGUUAAUCUUAGACCAACUAGCACAUUUACAAAUGAAAAAGGCGAAACCAUUUCUUUUGCCUAAUAUUAUGAAUAAAGAUAUAAGGUGAAAGUUGAUGGAAAUUAACCAUUAAUUAGAGCUACUGUGAGAAGCAAAUAAGAUAAAACAGAAAAAACUAUUCAUUUGAUCCCGCAAUUAUGUUAAUUAACUGGUUUAACAGAUGCAAUUAGAAAUGUAUUUAAUUUUAGUAAAAAUUUUAGGAUUUUAAUGCAAUGAAGAAUUUAGCUGUUGUAACUAAACCAGGAGCUGAUUAAAGAAUGAAGAUGGCUUAAGAAUUUGCUAAUUAAUUAGCAAAUACUGAAAUAAUAAACAAAAAAUCAGGAACUAAGAGAUAAAUAUUUAAAGAAUGGGGAGUAGAAAUUAACCCAGGAAGUAUGGAUGUGCCUGCCAGAAGAAUCCAUCCAGGAAAUAUGUUAAUGGGAAAUGGAUUAAAAUUGGAUCUAUCAAGUCCAUAAACAAAUUUAGAUAGAUAAACAUAAACCUAGAUGUUUUCAACUCCUCCUCAAUAACUUAUUUUGGGAAUCAUUUACAACAAAAAAACUGGGUAAUAAACUAUGGAUUCUUUGAUGCAAAACUUUUAAGCUGCAUGCAAUGACUUUAAGUUUUAAGCAUUCAUGGCUCCUAAAGUAUUUCCUAUUGAAUAGGACAGAGAUGAGGAUUUAGAAAGGGUUCUUGAUGGCUUUUAGAAAUAAGCCGAGGCUAAUAAAGCCAAAGUUGGAUUCUUAUUAUUCCUUUUACCUGGAUAAAAAAAGAAAGCAAGAUUAUAUAAAACUGCUAAGAAAAUAUCAAUGCAAAAGUUUGGUUGCGCAUCUUAAGUUGUUGUAGAAAAAACUCUAGCCAAAAAUACAAGAUCAAUUGUUAAUAAAAUAUUAAUUCAACUUAAUGCUAAAGUUGGAGGUACUCCUUGGGCAAUUGAUAGCUUACCAAUUACAUUUUAAAAUUAGCCUACUAUGAUUUGUGGAACUGAUUGCUUUGUUAAAAGUGGAAGAAAAAAUUAAUUAGCUUUCUGUAGCACUGUAGAUAGAAAUUUAAGUAGAUAUUAUUCUCAAGUUGUUACUUCAGGAGAAUUUAGCUAGCAUCUAUAACAGGUAUUCAAAGCAUCACUCCUGGCUUUCAAAGAAUAAAAUGGAAUAUUUCCAAAAUUGGUUAUUAUUUAUAGGGAUGGUGUUGGUGAUGGGUAAUAAGCUGUAGUGCUUGCUAAUGAAUUACCAUAAUAUAAAUAAGCCUUAGAAGAAUUAUAAAUUACGGAUACUAAAAUUUCACUUGUUGUCUGUAAUAAAAGAGUCUCGGCUAAAUUCUAUACUGGUGGAAAUGCAAGACCUGAUAAUCCUUAACCAGGAACAUGUGUUGAUAAUCCAAAAGUUGUAGAAUAAUCCAACCCUAACUUUUAUUUAAUUUCAUAAAUAACCAGAUAAGGAACUGUCACUCCUUCUUUAUAUAAGAUAAUUCAUUCAGAUCAAGCAGGUAAAUUAUUAUUUUAUUCUAGGUCUUGAUGAUGAUAUAAAAGUCUUGACAUUUAAAUUGUGUUGGUUAUUCUAUAACUUUACAGGCUCUAUUAAAAUCCCUGCACCUGUCAGAUAUGCUCACUGUCUUUGCAACUUUAUAGGAGAUAAUUAUGAUGAUAGAGAUCAAGUAAAGUUUCUACCGCUACCAGACCUUGUUAAAUAAAAAGUCCUAUUUUAUAUUUGA